UGAAAGGAUUUCCUCUGUUCAUUCUCACAGCCAACAGUUCUCAACAGCUGAAGCAGAGAAGCAUCUCUUCCACCUUUUCCUCCCAUCUACAGGUCACUUCUCCUCCAACCCUCAGUAUGUCCAGGUUACUCCACGCUGGUUCCAUCAUGGCGGUGCUGCUGGCCUUGUCCUGGUCCAGUCUUGAGGCGAUGGCUCCUCCACAACACCUCUGUGGCUCCCACUUAGUGGACGCUCUCUACCUGGUCUGUGGGGACAGGGGCUUCUUCUACAACCCCAAGAGAGCUGUGGACCCCAUGCUGGGCUUCCUGUCUCCCAUGGCGGGCGGAACCAGAGGGGAUAAAGAGGUGGCUGAACUGGCCUUCAAGGACCAGAUGGAGGAGAUGGAGAAGAGAGGCAUUGUGGAUCAGUGCUGCCACAGACCCUGCAACAUCUUUGACCUCCAGAACUACUGCAACUAGAAUAACUAAUGUGUAACUUAGCACACCAAUGAAGUGCUCCCCCCAGACUAGCUUGAAUGUUCUUGAAUUUUCUACUUUUGGAUAAUGUAGUUUGGCUAAUAAAUUAUCUUUGCUAUCUUGAA